GGAGCCCGCGGGCUCGCGUGCCGGGUUUUUUGGGGGAGCAGCAGCGAGUCCCGGCGCUCGGGGAGGGGGCUCGCCGAGGACCAGCCCGCGGGAGCCUUUAAAAGGACUUGUCGGGGCUGGAAGGAGCUCAGGCAGGGGAGGAAAUGCGGGUCUGCCCCCUCGGCGGGCAGUGGGGGCUCCGGCCCCUCCCGGGAGCUGCGCGGACCCCGCACCGUGGAAGUUGGGGGGGCUGCGACCCCCGAGGUGCGGGGUCGGGGCAGAGCGGCGGGAGCGGCAGAGCCAGGAACAAGAUGCCCCUGAAGCUUAACCUCCUUUAACCUUAAAAGUAAAAAAAACCGAGGACCAGAAGUUAUGGAUCCUUUGUACUUUUCCAACACCUUCGGCGUGGAGGGCGGGCCCAGCGCCGGGAACUCCUCCCUGCUGGCGAACCUGACGGAGAACGGGACGCUCCCGGAGCAGCCCUCCUUCAAGUACAUCCACAAGGUGCUCAUUCCCAUCUGCUACCUGCUGGUGUGCGCCGUGGGGCUCAGCGGGAACACGCUGGUCAUUUACGUGGUGCUGCGCCACGCCAAGAUGAAAACGGUCACCAACAUCUACAUCCUCAACCUGGCCGUGGCCGACGUGCUCUUCAUGCUGGGCCUGCCCUUCCUGGCCACCCAAAACGCCAUCUCCUACUGGCCGUUCGGCUCCUUCCUGUGCAGGCUGGUCAUGACCGUGGACGGCAUCAACCAGUUCACGAGCAUCUUCUGCCUGACGGUGAUGAGCAUGGACCGGUACCUGGCCGUGGUUCACCCCAUCAAAUCCACCAAGUGGAGGCGGCCCAGGGUGGCCAAGCUCAUCAGUGUGACUGUGUGGACAUUCUCCUUCCUGGUGGUGCUUCCAGUCAUCAUCUUCUCGGACGUGCAGGAGGACUUCCAGACCUGCAACAUGAACUGGCCGGAGCCCGUGAGCAUCUGGUCGGCGGCUUUCAUCAUCUACACCUCGGUCCUGGGCUUCUUCGGGCCCCUCCUGGUGAUCUGCCUGUGCUAUCUGCUGAUUGUCAUUAAGGUCAAGUCGUCGGGGAUCCGGGUGGGGUCCACGAGGCGCAGGAGGUCGGAGAGGAAGGUGACCAGGAUGGUGGUGAUCAUCGUGGUGGUCUUCGUGCUCUGCUGGCUCCCGUUUUACACCAUGAACAUCGUCAACUUGAUAUUCAUCCUGCCGGCAGACCCCGUGCUGGUGGGCUUGUACUUCUUCAUGGUGGUCCUGUCCUAUGCAAACAGCUGUGCCAACCCCAUCCUUUACGGCUUCCUCUCCGACAACUUCAAGCAGAGCUUUCAGAAGGUCCUUUGCCUCCAGAAGGGCAACGGCGUGGAGGACGGGGAGCCCGUGGAACACAGGCAGGAGAACAGCAGCCGCCUGCAGGAGUCCAUGCUGACCCAGAGGAACGUGGAAUUCAACGGCCACAUGCAGACCAGCAAGGUCUGAGGGCAGGGGCUGGCGCUGCAAAGGGCUGGUAGAGCUGGAGAACUUCGUGGGGGGGCUCAAGGAGAGAUGGAUUCGUGGCAAAGGUAAAACUGUGGAGACCCACGGGCUGAAACAAAUGUACAUUAGAAGUGGCCUCACUCCCCUCCCUCCCCCAGCUCCGAGUGGCAGGGGCUGCACUGGGCUCUGGCCGAGCUCUCGUGGUGACCUGGGUCACGUGGGGACCCUUUUGGGGUCCUCUGGAGAACUGAUUUCCAGGCUUUGUACUGCCCUGUAGAUGCAAAACCCCCCGAGAGC